UUUCCCAGGCCACAAGCAGGGAGCUGGAUGGGAAGCAGGACAACCAUGAUCAGAACCGGCGCACGUAUGGGAUCCUGACAUAUGCAAGGAGCUCUGUGUGACCAGGCCUUUGGGACCUCAGAUCUGCGCUGGAGGCUCUUGUGAGGAGAUGAGGUGGUGAGCAGAGGCCGGCAUGAAGAUGCUGCCAGGAGUGGGAGUGUUUGGGACUGGCAGCUCUGCCCGGGUCCUGGUGCCCCUGCUGAGGGCAGAAGGCUUCACUGUGGAGGCUCUGUGGGGGAAGACCGAGGAGGAGGCCAAGCAGCUGGCAGAGGAGAUGAACAUUACCUUCUACACCAGCCGUACCGAUGACGUUCUGCUGCAUCAAGACGUGGACCUGGUGUGCAUCAAUAUCCCGCCGCCACUCACUCGGCAGAUCUCUGUGAAGGCACUAGGUAUUGGCAAGAAUGUAGUUUGUGAGAAGGCAGCAACCUCGGUGGAUGCCUUCCGCAUGGUGACAGCCUCCCGCUACUACCCGCAGUUGAUGAGCCUGGUGGGGAACGUGCUGCGCUUCCUGCCCGCUUUCGUGCGCAUGAAGCAGCUGAUAGCCGAGCACUACGUGGGCGCCGUGAUGAUCUGCGACGCCCGCGUCUACUCAGGCAGCCUGCUCAGCCCCAGCUACGGCUGGAUCUGUGAUGAGCUCAUGGGCGGCGGGGGCCUGCACACCAUGGGCACCUACAUCGUGGACCUGCUGACGCACCUCACUGGCCAGAGAGCCGAGAAGGUGCACGGGCUGCUCAAGACCUUCGUGAGGCAGAACGCCGCCAUCCGCGGCAUCCGCCACGUCACCAGCGAUGACUUCUGUUUCUUCCAGAUGCUCAUGGGCGGGGGAGUGUGCAGCACAGUGACGCUCAACUUCAACAUGCCAGGCGCCUUUGUGCACGAGGUCAUGGUGGUGGGCUCAGCGGGGCGCCUUGUGGCCCGGGGCGCCGACCUGUACGGGCAGAAGAACUCGGCCUCGCAAGAGGAACUGCUGCUGAGGGACUCGCUGUCGGUGGGUGCAGGGCUGCCUGAGCCGGGGCCCCAGGAUGUCCCCCUGCUCUACCUGAAGGGCAUGGUCUACAUGGUGCAGGCGCUGCGCCAGUCCUUCCAGGGGCAGGGGGACCGUCGCACCUGGGACCACACCCCUGUCGCCAUGGCCGCGUCCUUUGAGGAUGGGCUCUACAUGCAGAGCGUGGUGGAUGCCAUCAAAAGGUCCAGCCGCUCUGGGGAGUGGGAGAGCGUGGAGGUGCUGACUGAAGAGCCGGAUACCAACCAGAACCUUUGUGAGGCGCUGCAGCGGAAUAACCUGUGAGCCAGCGUGUGCAUGAUCCUCCCUGGCAUGGCAGGGGCCUGGGAGGGACCAGGGAACUGUGAUGGGAGUGCAGCUGCACCCAAGACUGCCCCAUUGGAUGAGUCAGCCUAGCCAGGGUUGAAUGAAGCCACAGCCGCGGAGGUCCCGUCAGCAGCUUUUUCACCCCUCGGACUUGCAGGGCACCUACCCUGCUCAGGGCUGGCCCAAGCCCCCUGCAGGCCUCUUUAUGGUUAUCCUAGUGAGCCCGGGCCAGCACGAGCCCGCCCUGUGGGCUCCUCUACCUGGUCUCUGGUCCCACCUGGCUGAGAACGCACAGCCAGGAGCCCACAGGGCUGCCUCCUGAAGCCUGAGGAGAAGCAACAGAAGCAGGCAACCAGGCCCUUCUUGGCUGCGGCGACAUUCUCAGGCAUGGCGAGGGCAGCCAGUCAUCACUCAGGGAGCCACCCUGCCCUCCCAUGCAGCGGCCCCACGGGCUCUCCCUCUUCUCCACAGAGACACCAUGUUUUGUAGCUCUGUACUCCUUAGGAAGAUAGCCUCUGAUAUGGCAGAAAGGAGACAAGGGAGUGCUCUAGAAUGUUAGGAAAUACCAAUAAAUCAGAAAAUGCA